AUGCCAUCACUGGAAGAGUUCAAGGCUCAGGGCAAUAAAGCAUUUGCAAUUAAGAAGUAUCAGGAGGCAGCUGAUCUCUAUUCCAGUGCAAUUGCUUUGGACAGAUCAAACCCAGUUCUCUACUCCAAUAGAGCUCAGUGCCAUAUUCAUUUGAGAGACUGGAUCAGAGCGUCGAAUGACGUAGAAGUUGGGUUGAGGCUACAACCUGCUGAUAAGAUUAAGGUGAAGCUAUUGUUCAGAAAAGGCUUGACGGCGAAGGGAUUGGGAAAUAUCGAAAUGGCCAAGCGGGCGUUUAAGGAUGCAUUGCAACUUGAUCCAGAGAACUUGGCGGCAGCAAAUGAGCUCGAGCAGGUGCAGCCAAAGAAACUUAAGAGAGAAGGUUUUGUACAUCGAGAGCCUAGAAAGAUUUCUAUUGAAGUUGUUGAUGAAGUGCCUUCUGAAAUUCUUGAGCAGAUUAGGGGAGAGCCUGCUCCUCCCUCUUCGACAAAGACCCUCGAAGCAACCUCUGCCGACGUAAAUGCCGUUGCUGACGAGCUUUUUCGUGGAAGGAAGAAUAAAUCAAAGGAUGAAGUACACAAUUCGAAACAAGAGACACCUUUUGUUGAACGACCUACCAUGCAUUACCUCAAAACACUCAAGUCACUUCCACCAGAAAGAAAGCACAACGGAUACAAAGUGGUACUUGAUUUGAGUAGCUCGCAAUUAGACGAGAUGUUUGCAUUUUCCGGUAUUGAAUCAGACUUCUUCGAGUUCUUUCUCGAGGCAUCUGUUCACUUCCUUAAGAACCACACAGAAUACACUAGCGAGCAGAUCCUUGAUAAGCUUGAGUAUAUCACUAGAUUCAAGAGGUAUAACCUCACCGCGCAACUAACACCAGAUGAUCUCAUACAAAACUUUAUAGACGCAUUGGAUAGGUAUGGGGUUUCUGCACACGCUAGAGGGAAGCAGUUGCUCGCUCGGUGA